AUGGCUUCUUGGGCUAGAACAGUCAAUUCACAGCCUUAUGAGAUUGCGGAAUAUAUUAUCAGUGGUAUUGCUCCGAUUGGUUUAAUUGUAAUUGGUACUGUCGGUAAUCUUUUAAGUGUCUUGAUUCUUCUGAAAAAAGACAAUCGUCAAACAUCAACGAACGUUUAUUUAAUAUUUCUUUGUAUAAUGGAUACACUUUCCCUUUAUCAAUGGAAUUUAGGUGAUGCAGUAUAUGAAUUUACUGUUGGCACACAAAAUAUUUCAAAUCAAUCCUUAUUUCUUUGCAAAUGGGAGCAAUUCUUAUCUUUCUAUACACUACAUACAUCAGCUAUGUUUAUUACUUUAGUUUCACUUGAUCGAGCAUGCCUUUUAUGGAGUAGAUCAUACAAACAAAAAAUAGCUCGACCACAUAUUGCACUUAUAUUUUGCAUUCUUGUUCUGUUCAUUUUAUUUGCUCUCAAUGGAUUUCUAUUUGCAUUAGGAUUUGAAUAUACUACAUAUGAUAAUAAUACUCAAACACAAAUAUCAGUUAUAGCAUGUUAUUAUUCACUAAAUACUGGACUUAAUGAUUUCUUUUCUAUUCAAUAUCCAUGGAUUCAUCUUGUAAUCAUGUAUAUUGUUCCAUUUAUUCUAAUGUUUAUAUGUACAAUAAUGACUAUGAAAAAGUUGAUUGUUAAACAAACAUCAACUAAUCAACAAUUAAUCAAUAGUGCUCAUCGUAAUCGUCAUAUUUCGAUCAUGCUUUUGUCGAUGUGUUUAACUUAUAUUAUUUCUACUUUACCCAAUCGUCUUUGUUUUUCACUUUUUGCAGAUCUCAUCAUUGGACAUGAUUAUACCGAUACAAUAUUUCUUAUUACAAAUCUACUGAUGUAUACAAGAAAUGCAUUGAAUAUAUUUUUUCUUUAUAUAUCUGUUCAUGGAUUUCGACGAGAUAUUCGUCGUUUAACAUUAACAUGCUGCAGAAGGUUGGAUGGUCGAAUAGUUCCACAGAAGAACAAUAAUCAUGAACAUCUCGAUCAAAUGACAAUAGUUCAUGAUCCAGUUAAACAUCAUGCUAUUGGAAUACCACUACAUAUAUAUUCAUAA